CUGUGAACGCAGCGUGUCACGUGACAGGCUGUGACAGCACAGAGGAGGAACACCAACAUGGCGGUGUGCAUAGCAGUGAUAGCUAAAGAGAACUACCCGCUGUACAUCCGCAGUGUGCCCACCCAGAAUGAGCUGAAGUUCCACUACACAGUGCACACCUCUCUGGAUGUGGUGGAGGAGAAGAUCUCAGCUGUGGGCAAGUCUCUGGGGGACCAGAGGGAGCUGUACCUGGGUAUGCUGUACCCCACCGAAGACUACAAAGUAUAUGGAUAUGUAACAAACUCCAAGGUGAAGUUUGUUAUCGUUGUGGACUCAUCAAAUACAUCAUUGCGGGACAAUGAAAUAAGAAGUAUGUUCAGAAAAUUGCACAACUCUUUUACCGAUGUAAUGUGCAACCCGUUCCACAAUCCUGGGGACACCAUUCAGUCCAGGACCUUCGAUGGAAUUGUUUCAGGAAUGAUGGUGCAAACUGGCUGAUGUCCCUUCCAACCUCUUCUGCUCAGCCACCUCUGUACAUUAUACCCCCCCUCUUUUGUUUACGUGUUGCCUUGAAAUAUAUAACUAUAUUAAAUUUUGUUGUUGCACAUCA